GCUCUUUCGCAUCCCUGCUUGGAUCUGAAGCCAGCCCAGGCUUUCUCGAAAUUGUCACUGCGGCACCUCGCACAAAAUUCUUUACAAAAUGAAGUCUGAGAGGGCGGGGGUGGAGGACUCCAAAAUGGAUGUUUGAGCAAUUCAUAUCAGUGCUGAAAACUCCUUCGCUGAACACUACAAAAUUUUCAAGCACAGCCUAUCGGCCAUAGAUAGUAUCAACUACAGGCAGUGUCUAGUUUUUAGUUUUGAACCUGGAGCAUUUUCUGUUGGAAGUUACAAGAUCUUACUGUUUUAAAUCACACAGUAUUUAAGAAAUGAGGGUUUAGUCUUUGAAUUACCCUUUUGUAUGCAGGAGUGAACACACUUUGCCUUUUUAGUGACCAUUUGAAAUAAUUGAAUUUUAGUUUUUGCAGACUACUUAAAUUUGCAGUUUUUUUUUUUUGAUAAGGGGAUAAGUGAAACAUUUUGCAGCCUUUGAAAUUAGCAAAGUUGCUUGGAUAGUACUUUAGCUUUUGAAACUGUGACUGUCAGUGUUAGAAACAAAAGUAUACGUAAGGCAUUAUAUUUACACGAAUACUAACAGUACUAAGAGUUGAAUUUGGUGAAACUUUAUUAUGACUGCUAGUCAGGUAAGAUGUGGGAUUUUCUGUAGUGUCUGGGGCAAGGGGAAGAGCUCGCCUGUGUUAUUUGGGGACUUAAUACAAAUAGUGUAGAAACAGUUUUUAGACUGUUGUUGCGAAUUUUACAUUUGGGUCGUUGUUGUUGUGUUAAUGUGUAGAUUUGUUCGCCUAUUAACAUAUUGAAAACCCACUCAUUUGUGUGUGUGUGUGUGUGUGUGUGUGUGUGUGUGUGUGUGUGGUGGAUCAUAGGAAUUGAUUUGUGGAGUGUUAUUUUGAAUAGUUACUGAAGACAGAAGUUUGGGAUUUGGUAUAGUCUGCAGCAAAUGCUUAGUAUGUCCAAGUAUUUAAAAGUUAAACUGAUGUUAAGCUGUUAUUGGUAAAUAGAUAUGUAAUUUUAGUGCUUUGUUAUAGGGGAUGUGAAUAGUUUUAAUGUCUUGUUUUUUCAUAAGAUUAAGAUGUAAAAAUGUAAAAUUAUUAGACAUUGUUAUUUUUAAACAUUUAUGAAUUGGUAGGCCUUCAGCUUCACUGAGGAUGGGUAGACCUUUUUUAACGAACUGUAUCCCUCUAGUUCCAAAGUGCCAAAACCAACUGUUUAUCUUAAAAAACUACUGCAUAAGUAAAAUUAGAAAGUAGAUUGCUUCUACUAAUCUUUUUUCCAUUUCUAAUGGAACAGAACUUUUCUUGUAACUGUUGUUUGUAAACUUUAGAUACCAGUUUACAGAUGGGGGAGGGGAGAAGUAAGGAAGUAUGGGUGAAAAAUAAGCGUAUGUACAUAUAUAUGCGAGUCUGAGGCCCAGGGAUAGAGUACUGUCUCCAACCUUAGCCAUCUGUGGCCAUAUACUUGUAGGGAAGUUGUUUUUAUGCUUUUUUAGCUGCUUCUCUGAAUUACCAAAUUAUUCCUGACAACACAUUUGCUGCCAGAUAAACAUGAACUAUAAUCGAUCUGAUAAAUCUGAGAUUUACCAAUCAAAAGUCAUCAUAAUUUGCCAAUCAUAGUAAAAUGAAAAUAGUUUUGCCUUAAAAAAAAGUUUUUUUUUUUUUUUUUUUAAAAUGAUGCUUGGUACUUGCACACAAGAUUUUUCACUUUGUGUAAAAUUGAUAAGACUGGCUUGAGUAUAUUUGUCUUGGCAAAUAGAAAAUUUUUUUUCCAGUGCAAAUCUGAACUUAAGACAUUUUUUCGUCACAUCUUCAAAAAGGAAGGAAAUUCACGUGAAUUCAUGGGCUUAGAUAAUAAUCUUUCAUUACUCAAAUGACUGGGAACCAUGAAAGGUUAUAGCUGUGUUUUUAAGUAAUUGUACUUUGCAAUAAUUUAAAAUUUACAGAAAAGUUGGAAAUACAGAACUGAGAGUUAUCUCAUACCCGUCAUCCAGCUUCCCCUAAUGUUAACCAUGAUACAUUUGUCAAAACUAAGAAAUGAACAUUGGUAUAAUAUUACUAACUAGACUUCAUUUGCACUUCACCAGGUUUUCCACUGAUGUCCAUUUUCUCUUCUGGGAUCCAGUCCAGGACAGGUGAUUUGGCUUCUGCACAGUUAGGAGGAGCACCAAACCGAUGGGAGGUUUUGUCAGCCACACCUACAACUAUAAAGGAUGAAGCUGGUAAUCUAGUACAGAUUCCAAGUGCUACAACAUCAAGUGGGCAGUAUGUUCUUCCCCUUCAGAAUUUGCAGAAUCAACAAAUAUUUUCAGUUGCACCAGGAUCAGAUUCAUCAAAUGGUACAGUGUCCAAUGUUCAAUAUCAAGUAAUACCACAGAUUCAGUCAACAGAUGGUCAGCAGGUUCAAAUAGGUUUCACAGGCUCUUCAGAUAAUGGGGGUAUAAAUCAAGAAAGCAGUCAAAUUCAGAUAAUUCCUGGUUCUAAUCAAACCUUACUUGCCUCUGGAACACCUCCUGCUAACAUCCAGAAUCUCAUACCACAGACUGGUCAAGUCCAGGUUCAGGGAGUUGCAAUUGGUGGUUCAUCUUUUCCUGGUCAAACCCAAGUAGUUGCUAAUGUGCCUCUUGGUCUGCCAGGAAAUAUUACAUUUGUACCAAUCAAUAGUGUCGAUCUAGAUUCUUUGGGACUCUCGGGCAGUUCUCAGACAAUGACUGCAGGCAUUAAUGCCGAUGGACAUUUGAUAAACACAGGACAAGCUAUGGAUAGUUCAGACAAUUCAGAAAGGACUGGUGAGCGGGUUUCUCCUGAUAUUAAUGAAACUAAUACCGAUACAGAUUUAUUUGUGCCAACAUCCUCUUCAUCACAGUUGCCUGUUACGAUAGAUAGUACAGGUAUAUUACAACAAAACACAAAUAGCUUGACUACAUCUAGUGGGCAAGUUCAUUCUUCAGAUCUUCAGGGAAAUUAUAUCCAGUCGCCUGUUUCUGAAGAGACACAGGCACAGAAUAUUCAGGUUUCUACAGCACAGCCUGUUGUACAACAUCUACAACUUCAAGAGUCUCAGCAGCCAACCAGUCAAGCCCAAAUUGUGCAAGGUAUUACACCACAGACAAUCCAUGGUGUGCAAGCCAGUGGUCAAAAUAUAUCACAACAGGCUUUGCAAAAUCUUCAGUUGCAGCUGAAUCCUGGAACCUUUUUAAUUCAGGCACAGACAGUGACCCCUUCUGGACAGAUAACUUGGCAAACGUUUCAAGUACAAGGGGUCCAGAACUUGCAGAAUUUGCAAAUACAGAAUACUGCUGCCCAACAAAUAACUUUGACGCCUGUUCAAACACUCACACUUGGUCAAGUUGCGGCAGGUGGAGCCUUCACUUCAACUCCAGUUAGUCUAAGCACUGGUCAGUUGCCAAAUCUACAGACAGUUACAGUAAACUCUAUAGAUUCUACUGGUAUACAGCUACAUCCAGGAGAGAAUGCUGACAGUCCUGCAGAUAUUAGGAUCAAGGAAGAAGAACCUGAUCCUGAAGAGUGGCAGCUCAGUGGUGAUUCUACCUUGAAUACCAAUGACCUAACACAUUUAAGAGUACAAGUGGUAGAUGAAGAAGGGGACCAACAACAUCAAGAAGGAAAAAGACUUCGGAGGGUAGCUUGCACUUGUCCCAACUGUAAAGAAGGUGGUGGGAGAGGUACCAAUCUUGGGAAAAAGAAGCAACACAUUUGUCAUAUACCAGGAUGUGGUAAAGUCUAUGGGAAGACCUCACAUCUGAGAGCUCAUCUGCGUUGGCAUUCUGGAGAACGCCCUUUUGUUUGUAACUGGAUGUACUGUGGUAAAAGAUUUACUCGAAGUGAUGAAUUACAGAGGCACAGAAGAACACAUACAGGUGAGAAGAAAUUUGUUUGUCCAGAAUGUUCAAAACGCUUUAUGAGAAGUGACCACCUUGCCAAACAUAUUAAAACACACCAGAAUAAAAAAGGUAUUCACUCUAGCAGUACAGUGCUGGCAUCUGUGGAAGCUGCACGAGAUGAUACUUUGAUUACUGCAGGAGGAACAACACUUAUCCUUGCAAAUAUUCAACAAGGUUCUGUUUCAGGGAUAGGAACUGUUAAUACUUCCGCCACCAGCAAUCAAGAUAUCCUUACCAACACUGAAAUACCUUUACAGCUUGUCACAGUUUCUGGAAAUGAGACAAUGGAGUAAAUAUUACACAAAUACUUAUUCAUUGUGGUUAUUUUUAUACAGUAGUGAGAAGAAUAUUGUUCCUAAGUUCUUAGAUAUCUUUUUAUUGAUGUGCAAAAAUUUUUGGAUUGACAGUAACUUGGUUAUACAUGACACUGAAAUGCCUUACUUUGUAUGAUAUUCCAUAGUAUAUUAAAAAUGGUAAAAUUGCAUGGGUUUUGUAGGUACUUUUGGAAUCUAGAAGAAAUGAAAUUUUACCAAGUUAUAUAAAGAGAAAAUUGAAUUUAACAAUGCGAAUGGUAGUCUAACCAAAUGCAUCAAUCCUGUGUGGUUUAGUGUAAAAAUAAGAACAUGUUGGUAUUUAUCUAUUGUAAGAUAAAAAAGCUGGUGGGUGAAAGAAAUCAUGUUAUGAUAAAAAAAAAUUUUGUAAUUUUCUUGAUGACUGGAAUUUUUAUUAUGCAUAACUGACAAAUCAAGUUUCCAAGCAAAUGUUACAUAGUGUAGGCUUUACUUAGCUUAUCAAUUUGUCAUUUUGAAGCUAAUUAUUUUAAUUAGGUUAACUAUGUACAAUAUUUUAAGCAUUACUCUUGUAAGAUUUUGAAAACUACAUUUUAACAUGGAACUCUCUAGGGAUAGUCACCUUUUAAAUCCUGUUGAAAAGCCAUGUCUAAGAUUUAAUUUGCCAAAAUAAUGUCUUGUUAAUAUUCUUUCAAUAACGAAGUUGGGGCAAUAUAACCAAGGUUUAAAAAAGUUUAAAAUGUAUAGGUUGAGGCAUUUGGGUGGUAAGAAAAUGUUAUAGUGAAUUAUCCCUUUUCUUGACUAUUGGAGGACCAAAAAAAAUAAGGUGUAUUGCGUCUUAGCAGUGAUUUUUAUCCAAUCUUGUUUCCAAAAACCAUGUCUCCCAGGGCCUUAAAAGCCAUCAUGUAAAUUACCAGUAAAGUAUAACAUAUGCAAACAUAACAAAAUCACUUCCAUAGUGACGAUACUACUCCAACCGUAUGGAUAUUAGUCAUAGAAAAACUAGAGGUUUUAUGAUAUUUUUUUGUCUUUUUUUUUUUUUUUUGUCUAGGUAGUCAGUCUGCACUUAAAUAUCAAUCAUUUUCCUUUUUUGCUUCUUCCCUUAAAAUUUAUAUGUAUCCAGUACAUUUAAUUGAGAAACGUAUGUUUUUUAUUAUGCUGUAUUUUCUUUUUAUUUUUUAAUUAUUGUUUAUAUUUUCAAUUUAAAAAUGUACAAAAUAAAGUUACAUUGCUGGUCUUGUAAGAGCUAUACAAUUUUCCUAAAUGUAUACCUAUAACUGCAGCAGUUCACCUAUUUCAAAAAUUUGGAAUUCUGUUCAUUUGUUAUUCUUAAGACCACCUCAAAUUUAAAGGCUACCUUAUUGUACGUUUAAAGUGUAUUAUAACAGUGUGGUAGUUAAUAAAACACUAUUUUUUUUUUUCUUUUGA